GCGCCCCCCCCCCCCCGGCCCUCGAAGGCAGCAUCCUAAGAUCCAGGUGGAGCUGCUUCAUUGGAACAAUGGCUCCUCAGCGGCGGGCGGGUGGAAGGGCUCCGGAGAGCGGCGGUGCGGGUGCGGCGGCUCGAGCGGAAGACCGUCGUCACUGCAGCAGUGGUGUGAAAGAAAAUGUUCAGAAAGAGUCACGGCGAAAAUGGUUAACAGCAGCUUUCCUUCUCUCAUCUGCCAUGCUGGGUUAUCUUUUGAGUAGGAGCUACCUGUUCCUUGAAGAUGGAGUUACAGAAGUAUUGGCUCAUCAUGGUGAAAGCAUCCCAAACAAAUUCAUUGAAGUACCCUGCUCAGAGGAUUAUGACAGCCAUAAACGGUUUGAAGGCUGUACCCCUCGGAAAUGUGGAAGAGGAAUAACAGAUGCCAUAAUUAACAGGGAAGAAGCUGAGCAAAUCCGUAGAAUAGCAGAGAGGGGACUGUCCUUGGGAGGAUCGGAUGGAGGGGCUUCAAUUCUAGAUUUGCACUCUGGAGCCCUUUCUUUGGGGAAGCAUUUUGUUAAUAUGUACAGAUACUUUAAUGAUAAAAUCCAUGACAUCUUCACAGAAGACGAUUUUCAAUUAUAUCGUGAUGUGAGGCUAAGAAUUCAACAAAAAAUAGCUCUUACUUUUGGCAUCAGCUCAUCUUCCAUGUAUUUGACGAAGCCAACUUUCUUCUCUAGAAUAAAUAAUUCAGAAGCAAAGACAACCCAUGAUGAAUAUUGGCAUCCUCAUAUUGACAAGGUGACCUAUGGCUCCUUUGAUUACACAUCACUGCUCUACCUAUCAGACUAUGCAGAAGACUUUGGUGGCGGACGGUUUGUCUUUAUGGACGAAGGUGCAAAUAGGACUGUAGAACCUCGAGCAGGACGGGUUUCGUUUUUCACAUCUGGCUCAGAAAACCUCCAUCAUGUUGAGAAAGUCCACUGGGGCACUCGCUAUGCCAUCACCAUUUCCUUUACCUGCAAUCCUGACCAUGGUAUCAGGGAUCCCGUUUUAACAUGACAGGUGGUAGCCAGAUGGAUUGGCAAGAGAAAUUCUGUAUGGAAGAGGAAAAAAAUCCUUUUAAAUUACCAUAUAAAUUUCACUGAAUUUUAUUUAAAGUAAA